ACCUAUCUCCUCCUUUCUUUUUCUCUUUUGUUGGUUUUGAGGAAGGAAAGAAACAAAAUUGGAGAUUUUCUACCAAAGAAGAAAGAUGGGUUUUGGACUCUCAUCUUGGAGCCUCUUCCUUCAUAUUUUAAUCGCUUGCAAUCUGCAUGUCAUCCAGUUUGCUCAUGGAAGUCAUGGAGCCAGGGAAUUGACCAACAAACACCAUGAAGAUCAGCUUCUAGAUCAUAUAAGAUUAUAUGAUGAUCCUGCUAAGCAAGGCCAUGUUCAUGGUCAUCCUUCAUCCCACAUGGAUCACAUGGACCACAUGGACCCUUCCUCAAUGAUCUUCUUCACCAUGGAGGAUCUAAAGGUAGGAAAAACAAUGCCCAUCUAUUUCCCAAAGAGAGAUCCUGCAACUUCUCCUCACUUUUUGCCUAGAGAAGAAGCUGACUCAAUUCCCUUCUCACUAAAACAACUCCCACACCUUCUUGAAUUCUUCUCUUUCUCCCCAGACUCUCCCCAAGCCAAAGCCAUAGAAGAUACACUAAGACAUUGUGAGAGUGAACCCAUCAAAGGGGAGACAAAAUUAUGUGCCACCUCCAUGGAAUCCAUGCUUGAUUUUGCUGCUGCAGUACUGGGGAGAUUUCAUGAGCACCAUGAUUUCCAAGUUCUAACCACUUCCCACCUCACAAAAUCAACCACCCUUUUCCAGAACUACACCAUCCUGAAAAUUCCUGGGGAGAUUUCAGCUCCCAAGAUGGUAUCAUGUCAUACCAUGCCCUACCCUUAUGCAAUUUUCUACUGUCACAGCCAAGAAAGUCAGAACAAGGUGUUUAAGGUUACUCUUGGCGGUGAGAAUGGAGAUAGGGUGGAAGCCAUUGCUGUUUGCCACACGGAUACCUCUCAGUGGAGCCCUGAUCAUGUCUCCUUUCGUGUGCUUGGGGUUCUGCCAGGGACCUCCAGCGUGUGCCAUUUCUUCCCAGCAGAUAACCUUGUGUGGGUUCCAACAACUCUGUCCAUUUAGUAAUUAUGUAUUGCAAUGUAAUCGUUGAAGUUUCUGUUCUAAUAAAUGUCGUUUCAUGAAAUUUAUGUAAAUAUUUUUGUAGUUUGCAGUGUAUCAAUGAAGAAUGUGGUGUUG